AUGAUUGGUGAUCAGCAAGCAGGUGUCCAAACACGUCGUGGUGCUGGCUGUAAAGUUGACAGAAAGAGUACUACUGGUAGUUGUCAGUUGUUGGGUGGAAAGUUAGUCAGUUGGACUAGCAAGAAGCAACACUCUGUGUCCACCUCAACAGUUGAAGCUGAGUAUGUUGCUGCAGGUAGCUGUUGUUCACAAAUCUUGUGGAUGAAAAAUCAGUUAGCUGAUUACGAUCAGUUGUUCGCAGAAAUUCCUAUUUUCUGUGACAAUUCAAGUGCCAUUGCUAUUGCCAACAAUCCAGUUCUUCACUCUCGUACGAAGCAUAUUGAUAUUCGAUAUCACUAUAUCAGAUAUCAUGUGAUGAAAGGUGUUCCUAUUCUUACAAUAUCAGAACAUGAACCGGAGUACGCUGUCGAGGAGUGUUCACAAGGAAAUCAGUUUUUUAUCCCCAAGGUUGAUGACGAGCUUAAACCAAAGAUCAACUCACACUUCUUAACUAUAAAUGACGCGGAAAAGAUGUAUAGGGCAUAUGCGGACAAUGUUGGUUUUGAUGUUCGUCUGCACGCCAAAAAAACAAACAAGAACGAAGAUAUACAAACAAGAUGGUUUGUAUGUAAUAGGGAGGGAACACCAAACAAAAAGUUUUUUGAUUCCAUGGAUAUUCAGUCUGGUGAAAGGAGAUACCGUAACACGAACCUUAAACGUUGUGGAUGUUUAGCAUGCAUAAAAAUCCAUUUGAAAAAGGAUAAGUCCGGUUACGAGAUAUAUGAGUUUGUCGAGGCACAUAAUCAUGCGCUAUUCAAUACUAACGAUCGACGUUUCUCAAGGAAAAAUAGACAGAUGAAGUAUACGGAUUUCAAAAAUGUCCUGAAUAGCUCGAGCUACAAAGUCGGUGCGAUUAGGGCUCACCGUAUACAAACGACAUUGAAUGGUGGGUUUGAGCACAAUCGAUGUUCUGAGAUCGACUUUAAGAAUUUCAAAAGAGAUGUAGUUGCAUGUGUUGGGAAAAAGGAUACGAAGAUGUUGAUCAAUAAACUAUCCAAUAGGCGAGAUAUUGUUCCCGGGUAUUUUUCGAGUACAAGUGCAAUGAUCAGGAGUUGGGUGCCAUUUUCUGGACAGAUGAGGCCGUUAGAGUUAACUACAAAGAGUUUGGGGAUGCAUGCGAUGAUUUUUGUUUCCUUUUUGGCGGUUGACAAUCACAAAGCUUCGGUUGUCGUCGGAUCGGCGUUAAUAAAUGGUGAGACAAUUGAAAACUUCACAUGGGUUCUAAGAGCUUUCCUAAAAUGCCAUGAGAAGCAGCCAGUUUUUGUGAUUACGAAUCAAUGUUCGGCGAUGAAGCAAGUCGUCCCGUUGGUGUUUACGGAAGCUAAGCACCGACUAUGUAUGUGGCACAUCAUGAAGAAAGUGCCUUCUAAGGUCAGUGUCGCCCUAAAUCAAGAUCGUCUGUUCAAUAAGGUUAUUAACAAGCUCGUGUGGAACAUAAAUAUUGGCCCAUCGGAAUUCGAGACCAAGUGGCAAGAGAUGAUCGAGCAAUACAAUUUAGUUGGUGAUCUGUGGUUCAUAGAAAUGUAUGAAAUCUGCGCAUCAUGGAUUCCGGCGUAUUAUAAGGACACACCGAUGUCUGGUCUUAUGAAAACGACAUCAAGAUCCGAGAGUUCAAAUUCGUAUAUUAACAUAUACGAAUCAUACUGGUUUGAUUUGGUUCAGUUCCUUAAUAAUUAUGACGUUGCUAUAGAGAAACAAAGGUACAAGCAAGUUGUGCAUGAAAUAAUAACGAUGACAACAUAUCCAAAGUUGGUUACUCCAUUGCGCUUAGAAAGUCAAGCAGCAAGGGUAUACAGUCGAAAUGUGUUCUUUGACAUCCAAAAGGAAUUAAAGAAGGCUGUAUGGUUUUGUGGUAUAGAGACUGUCGAAUGUCGGGGUGAUCUCAAAACGUUCAUUAUAAGCCACAAGAACAAGAWRWMGUUUGUCMACACCACGUAUCUGGUCUCCCRAAACUACCCAGCYAACACGGUCGAAUGCGAGUGCAAUCUAUUCACGCGUAACGGKUAUYUGUGUCGUCAUGCAUUUAAGAUACAAUCYGCUAGGGUUCGAUAYKGURAGGUGGAUGCRGAGAAGGAUAAGUCCAUAAUUGAUGUAUACUCCAAAGUCGACRACAUUAUAAGCAUCGCCCGGAAUGAUAAAUCGAUACUGAMUAGAUUGGAGCAGAAUCUCGACAAUUUCAUGGUUGAUAUCGAGAAAGAGGUACCGUAUGAAGACCCAUCCCAACAAAAGUUGGACGCGAUCAGAGAUCACCUUGGUGUUUCCAUACCGGAUGAUGUGGACAUUCUACCACCAUCUGGAAUAAGGAACAAGGGUUGUGGUACUGGUAAGAGGUUGGUAAGCGUGUAUGAGAAAAUACAGUCUGUAAGCAAGAAAACCCGUCGAAAAUGUGCGACAUGUGGCCAACGUACCCGACAUGACUCACGCAAUUGCCCCGAAUUGAAGUAA